AUGUCCGACGCUCCGUACGACCCUUAUAUCCCCGCUGGCGGCCAGCAAGGCGCCGCUGGGCAACAAGGUGCUGGCAACAACACAGGAACCGCCAGACUGCAACAGCAAAUCGAUGACACCGUCGGAGUGAUGCGCGAAAACAUCAACAAGGUCUCUCAGCGUGGUGAAAGGAUCGAUGCUCUUCAAACCAAGACCGAUGACCUCGCCAUUAGUGCACAGGGUUUCCGUCGCGGUGCCAACCAGGUCCGCAAGAAGAUGUGGUGGAAGGACAUGAAGAUGCGCAUCUGCUUGAUUGUGGGCAUCAUCAUCUUGCUCGUAAUCAUCAUUGUCCCAGCAGUCGUUGCUACGCGCUAA